AUGUUGUUCAACAAGCUGUUUAAAAAGAAAACGGAGCUGGAGGUGGACGUGUACUUGAUAAAGGACGAGCAGUGCAAUCCACAUAUGCUUGACUGCAAAUUAUACGUUAACAACAGGGGGAGGGGGUAUGAUGACCAGGUGGUCAUAUGGAACAGCUCGAAAAAACUUACCCUUAAUGAAGAUUCCAUCCACGACUUCAAAUACCACGAACUAGACAUGUGCCAAUUUAAAUACAUAAAAAAUGGACUAGUGGAGGAGUACGGAUUGGUGUUUUCGAAGGUCGAAAACAUGUAUUAUUUUUUUAAGUACAUUAUGCUGUCCUAUUUGAAGGGGAAUAUAGUUUUAUGUAGAAGGGUCAAUCUGUUUAAGUAUGAGGAGCCGGUGAAGGUGCUCUACAAGAAGGACCAUCUGGGUCUGUUAACAUUUAACACGGCCAAGUGUGAACACCUGUUGGUUGUUCUCGCCCCGGAGAGGUCCCCGCUGGACGUUUCGUGCCAGCACCUGUAUGAAGAACUCACCAUGGAAAAUGUGAGGGAGCUGUACAAAAGGAAUAGGGUCUUCCUCAUUUAUGUGUUGAAUUCCUUCAACGACAUUUAUCUGAGCAGGGAGUCCAUUGGGAUCCACGUGCAUAGGUACUUGGUCAAUAGCUUGUUCAGAUUCUUCGAGUACAAGGCACUGUACGAGGGCGGAGACCGCUACGAGGAAUACUUCGCAGAAGAGGUGUCAGGAAAAGCACUCACGGGGGAAGGAUCACUCAAGAGGGAAGAACCAAAUGUGGUGGUACUAGCAGAUUCCUCCCCAGGGAACCAUCAAACUACCGCCGAGGGAGACUUUUAUAACGGUAUGAAGGCAACCCCAAUUGUAGACGACGAAUUGCGGUCCUUGGACAAGGCCGUGGAGGGAGAAAUUGACAGGAUGGACAGGGGGGGACAACAAAGAAGUGAUAAAAUGGGGAAGGACAAGCGGGGGAAGAAACACACAGCUGGACAGACGGACGAGGGACCCGAGAACGAACUUCCCCCGCAGCUACACCAGAUGAGCGAAAAAUUUCUCAUCAUUCUCGAGUCGGAGGACGUCCUCAUUGACCACAUCAGGGGGAUACUCAUCUACAGGCAGGACUUCCAAAAUGAUAUCGUCAGCAUUAAGAGGGACUUCAUGGAGACUCAAACGACAACCGGAGUGACAAGCGAAACGGUGGCGGACCCAACGGAGGGAGAUUUCCACACGGGGGGGUCCACCCCGAAGGGUGGGUUCGUCCUUCUCUCCGACUCGGACGCGACUGACGUAUCUGACAUGACUGACUCGUCUGACGUGAUCGAGUUGGAAGAAGGAGGGUACCCAAGAGAUAAGACCAGCCACACAGAUGGUAUGAAGUACAAAUUUGUGAAUACGAGCGGAAAGCUCUCCUUCGUGUUGAGGCAGAAUCACAUCCCACAGAAAAGGAAGCGAAGGGUUAAGGUAAACAGGAAAAGUGAAUCCUUAGGAGGAGAAAUAAACUACGACGACGUACGCAACGAUUUAAACAUAUACACCUUUGACGAAUAUGGAAAGGAAAAAAAAAUCUACAAUUCAAGUGAAGAAAUUUUCAGAUACAAGUAUGAGCAGUGUGUUCCGAAGAGCAUCCACGUAAAUGAUGAACAGGGGAACAAAAUACUCUUCCUUAACGAAAAGAAUGAUAAGCACUUAUUCAUUUUUGAUACGAAUAGAGAGAAGAUUGUAAAAAAAUGGGACACAGAAAAUGUGCCAAUAAGUCAGCUGAUCAGGAAGGAAGAAAAUAUCUACUGUGGGUACAACAAGAAAAGUUUGUACUUUGUCGAUACGAGGAUUAAAUCCUGUGUGCAAAAUGCAUUGCUGUAUGGGAGAAACACACCCGACAUUGAGCAAGCCACUGUGGACAACAGGGGAAGAAUUAUCUUAACCAAUGCUAAGGGGGAGAUUAAAUAUUAUGAUGGAAAAAUAAAUAAAAAUAAUGUCCUUAAGAAGAGUAAAAAUGUAUUACUGUGUGCGAAUGACAUUGUACAUUUGUGUACAACAUCCGAUGGAGUUUAUUCCAUUGUGACUUGCCAAAAGAGUGUAGUGAUAUGCGAGAAUUGUGUUCGAAGUUGUAGCCUUUUUGAGCGAGUCAUAAAAAAGGAGGAACGCCUCGAACAGAAGAAGUUCCUCCUACAAAUUCACUACGUUGAUGUUUUUACAUACAAUCUUGGGGACUACAAAUUUGAGAAGAGCACCGUCAGUAGUGACAACUCCCUCCUGUUUACCUUGUCUGCCAAGUUUUACGUCGUUUGGAACUUUAAGGAGGUCCUGAAUGGGCGCAUUUCCUACGUAAUUAAGAAGGCCACGGAGGACAUUUCUGAUAUAUCGUACUUCAACUUUAGCGAUGUGCAGGGGGUCAUCGUCGCAACGGAGAAUUCGCUCAAGUCGAAGAAGAUCACCAGCGUGUAG